AUGGAACCGCAGCCGGUCAUCGGCCGCAGCAUGGACACGCUGCAGGCCAUCCUGCAGAGCCAGAACCAGAGCUGGGACCCCCGGAUGCUGCAGAUCGGCAUCGACUUCAUGCUCAUCUACGCCUACGACUACCUCCCCUCCCUGCCCGCCUACACCACCGCCCCUUUCUCGCGCGCCGGCGCGGCGUGGGUCCCUGCCGGCGUCGACCGCAUCGGCCUCCUCCCCGACCCGAUCCUCCGCGACAUCAUCUCCCGCCUCCCCGUCAAGGACGGCGCGCGCACCGCCGUGCUCGCCUCGCGCUGGCGCUCGCUCUGGCGCUCGGCGCCCCUUGUCCUUGACGACAUCCACUUCCUCACGGCCAUCGCCAAGGGUCCGGCUGGUCGGCCCUGCAUCGGCGACGAGCCUCCUGGCCUCGCCGACUCGGUCUCCCGCGUCCUCGCCACGCACCCGGGCCCCUUCCGCUCCGUCCACCUCACCUGCAGCACCAUGGAGGCGCACCGGGGCGAGGUGGCACGCUGGCUCGACGCCCUCGCUGCCAAGGGCGUCCAAGAGCUCGCCUUUAUUAACCGCCCGUGGCCGCUCGACAUCCGCCUGCCGGCCACGCUCUUCAGCUGCGCCUCCCUCACCCGCCUACACCUCGGCGUCUGGAGGUUCCCGGACACCGCCGCCGUCCCGCGCUCCGCCGCCUUUCCCAACCUCCGGGACCUCGCCCUCUCCUUCGUCAACAUGGAUGAACGCGACCUCACCUUCCUGCUCCACAGAAGCCCCGUCCUGGAGAUCCUCACUAUGAUUUUGCAGAUCGGAGUGCGCCUCCGACUCGCGAGCCGCACCGUGCGGUGCCUUCAGCUAUGCAUGACCAAGGUGGAGGACGUCGCCCUAGUGGAUGCCCCUUGCUUGGAGAUGUUCUUGCUGUUUAUGGCUGGGAUGAACGACGCGACCUCAUCCAGGAUCAAGAUUGGCCGUGCGCCCAACCUGCGCGUGCUGGGAUACCUUGAGCCAAGAGAGCAUGUGUUGGAGAUUGGCAACACUGUCAUCUCGGUCUGCAGCGCACUCCAUCUUAUAAUUUACCUGUGUCAGUUGACAAUGUAG